AUGAGUAGUGGAAACGUGGCCGGGAGCGGCAGCGCGGCGGCGGCGGGAGGCGGGGGACCGUGUGGGGCAUGCAAGUUCCUGCGGCGGAAGUGCGUACCUGAGUGCGUAUUCGCGCCGUAUUUCGACUCGGAGCAGGGCGCGGCGCACUUUGCGGCGGUGCACAAGGUGUUCGGGGCGAGCAACGUGUCGAAGCUCCUCCUCCACAUUCCGGAGAGCAGGCGCCUCGACACCGUCAUCACCGUCUGCUACGAGGCUCAGUCGCGCCUCAGGGAUCCCAUCCACGGCUGCGUCGCUCACAUCUUUAAUCUUCAACAACAGGUGGUGAAUCUGCAGCAAGAACUGUCCUACCUACAAGCUCACAUCGCGGCUAUGCAUCUUCCAGCUCCGCCACCGCUGCAGCAGCAACAACAGCUUCUGGUUCCGGUGUCGCAGGCAAUACUGGAUUUUUCUCCCAUCCCGGUGGCGUACGACUUAUCGACAGUGGUGGCGCCUCAAUCUUCUUGGAGCCUCUAUCCGCGGCAACAAAUCGAGCAGCGCCAGUUUUCCAACACCGCCACGCCGGUGGCCGUUGGAGUUGGAGGAGGCUGCGAUCUCCAAGAACUGGCGCGUGAGCUUCUGAACCGGCUUGCUCCGCCUACGGUGGGAUGCAGCAAUCAGGCUUCGUCUUUGCCGCACAAAUCUUGCUAG